AUAAAUGAACAUUUCAAGAAAAAAAAUUCUGAUUCAACUGCUCAUGUGCAUUCACUUCACGACGGCAGCCGUGAUGGCGCUGGCGGCUCGCGGCUCGCGGUACGCGCGCGUGCAUUGACAAUUCACGCUGGCGCGCACGUCACGUUAAUAGGAAAGUCUAAGCCAUGUCACAAAAAAGGAUGUAUCCCUCUGGUGCAGAAAAAAGAAAAAAGAAAAGGAAAGAGGAAGAGAAAAAAAGAGCAAGAUAAAGGAACACUGUUGAAGUACUUUGGAGAACAACCAACUUUACCUUCCCCUAAUGUUUCAACUAGUGUCAGUGCCUCCACAGCUGAUGAUGCAGCAGGUUCAUCCGCUGCACAAGCGAUUAAAAGCGAGGAGCAGUUACAAGCACCUACAUUCACCGAUGCGUUGAUUUCAAAAUCAGCCUGCAUGACAGGUCCUUCUACAUCUGCACCCACUGCUAUAGAUUUACCAUCCCCUGCCUCAACAAGCUCCAGCUAUCAAGAUAGAUCAACAGCUCCUCCAAUUGACCCAGUUGAAUGGUCAGCAUUCCUCUCAGACUUAGAAAGAACUGAACUGGUAAGAAGAGGGCCAGUGCCAAUCAGUGACACCUCUACAUUCCCCAAGAAAUCAGAUGGACGAAGCUUUCACUACCACUAUACAUACAGACAAUUAGUUAAUGGGGAAAAAAUCAAGCGAAGCUGGCUAAUUUAUUCAAAGAAAAGUUAUGCAGUUUACUGCUUCUGUUGCAAAUUAUUCUCAAGAAAGUCCACAAAGCUGUCAACAGAGGGACUGCGUGAUUGGGUAAAUGUAGGUGCUUUGCUGAAACAGCAUGAAAAUAGUCAAGAUCAUUGCAAUAAUAUGGUGAAGUGGAAAGACUUUGCCCUCCGUCUUUCUAAGCAGAAAACUAUUGAUGCAACAGAAAUGGCCCUUUUGGAUGCAGAAAGAAAUCGUUGGAAAGAUGUUCUCAUCCGUUUGAUUAGUAUCAUUCAAUCUUUGGCAGAGAGAAAUCUUGCACUCAGGGGGUCAGUUGAUACUUUGCAUCAGGCCAACAAUGGGAACUUCCUUAAAGAGGUGGAACUGAUGGCAAAAUUUGACACGGUGUUAAAAGAUCACAUCAGACGAAUUGAUUGUGGAAUGCAGCACAACACGUACCUGGGUAAGACUAUCCAGAAUGAGCUGAUAGAGUGUGUCAGUGAUAAAAUAAUUGAGGUAAUGGUGGCAGAAAUCAAGGACUGCAAAUAUUAUUCAAUAAUUUUACACUGUACACCUGAUGUUAGUCACCAUGAACAAAUGUCUGUUGUGGUGCGCACAGUCACUCUGGGCACAACACCAGAAAUAAAAGAGCACUUUUUAGGAUUUCUGAUAGCUCCAGAAUCCACUGGCUUGGGUUUGUCCAAUCUAAUCCUUAACAGGCUUGAGGAAUUGAACAUUAUGACGAAAAAAAUGACACUUCAAGAGGCUUGA